AUGGAGGGAUUGACCAAGAAAAUCUUGUCAAGGUCUCAUUCUACAUUGGCAUCGGAUGAUAAUCAAAGCUCUAACAAAGAAGUUUUAUCUGAUGAACCCACUAUUAGGAACCAACUUCAGGCUCCUCAUGGUCGCGUACAAGACCCUAACAUGGACCCGAAGAAGCUCAAAAGAGUUUUGGCAAGCAGACAAUAUUCUCAAAAGUAUCGACUCAAGCAGCUCCAUUAUAUUCUACAGCUUGAAACAGAAGUGAAAGCUCUCCAGGCUGAAGUGGCAAUUACCUCUCCUAGGAUCAAGUAUGUUGAUCACCAAAAUUCUUUAUUAAGGAUAGAAAAUGGUUCAAUGAAGCAAAAACUUUCUGCCUUUUCUAGUGAUCUUAUGUUCAAAGAAGCUCAAUAUGAAGAGCUAAAGAAGGAAAGGGAUCUCUUGAAGCAAUUCUAUGUGGUGAAUCAACAACAACCACUAGAGUUUUUUAAAAUAAAACCAAUUGGGAACUAUCAAUUACUGAAUAUGAACUUGAAUCACUCUGCUUUCAAUCCCUUUUUUGAACCUGUUGCUACUGUUGGGGUGUCACAAAUAAUGAUAAAUCAGAACUUGAACCAGUUUGGCACUGGACAAAUUAUGAAUAAUGAUUCAACCAAUUUUAUUUGA